GGUGGAGGAGGCGUAGCCGCGUCGGUGACGAGAGUUUGAGCGUCUCCGAGACAGUUCGGUCCCCCACUUCCGUCUCACGCCUUUAGACCUCUUUUGCAUUCAUUUCCCACCCUUGGGGAAGAAGGGGUAGUGCUAAUAAUCCCCCCCCCCCUCAGUGGGAAGCGGUGCCCCCAAAGCCUCCGACGUCGUGGUGGACUGCGUGAGCAAUCUUGAAGAACACAUCUGUACAUAGUUUAUUGACUGAGCACAAUGAGCAGUGAAGAAGAAGCAUGGGAGAAAUUGGAUUCAGAAUUUGACCAUUAUGUUGUGGAUAUGAAGUCAUAUGUUUUAAAACUACCUCAUAAAUCAGAACGUUACAGGUGUGCUGUUUGGAUUAAAAAACUUUGUGAGCCUUCAGGUGCUGGUACAGGAAUUGUUGGUAGAAAGAAUAGAAACUUAUAUGCAAAACUGCUUCUUCAUAUGCUAAAGAGAGGAGUGUUGGAGGGACCAUUUACACAAAAACCUGAAUCAGGCAUAUUGAAAGCACUUCCAUCAUACAUGUCAAUCUAUUUUGAUGAACCAAGUUCAAAAAGAGCUUGGAGUAACUUCCCAGAAGAUUUACGUGACUGGGUCAUGGAAGAAUUGGGCCAGAGUGACCAUAAACCAGAUGAAUCCUGGAAACUUUCUUUUAAAGAAGAAUCUGCUUUGGUUAGCACACCAUCUAAACAGAGGGAACAAUUUACCUGUAAUGGAAAACUAGCCUUAAGGUCACAUUCUACGAGUCCUCCUCGUUUGUCAGAAGAUGAGACCUUUCCAUCAAAUACAAGGGGAGAUUGUUAUAGAAGAAAAACUUCUUUUGAUGACAGUGACUUUGAAGCUCGUCUCAACAGUUGGAAUCUUGGGCUUGAAAAUCCUAGAUAUUUACGUGAGAAACCUAUGUCCCUCUCAUUGAUGUCACCCAAGUUAGGUUUGGGGAAAAACAGCACUUCUCGAGAUGAACAAGCAUUGUUCCGAAUACAUGAAAAGGAGCUGGAGAUGAAAUCAAAAUUGAUGGAAGCUAGACUUCAUGAAGAAAAACUUAAAUUACAGCAGAGGCAUGAUGCAGAUGUUCAAAAGAUUUUGGAUAGAAAAAACAAUGAAAUUGAGGUACUGAAGAGCUUGUAUAGAACAAAACAGAAUGAAGCCGAAGAGACCAUUCAGAAGCUUGAAAAAAAAGUUCAGACACUUGUUCGUGAGUCACAAGUUAUUAGAGAAGCUCAAGAGAAACAAAUUCUGGAGUUAAAAAAGUUAUGUGAACAUAGUACAGAUUCCUUGAACAAUGAAUGGGAGAAAAAGCUCCAUAAUGCAGUAGCUGAGAUGGAAAAAGAAAAGUUUAAUCUUCAGAAAAAACAUACAGAAAAUAUCCAAGAAUUGCUGGAGGAUACAAAUGCACGUUUAAGUAAAAUGGAAGCAGAAUAUUUGGCAGAGACCAAAACAACU